GCUGCCGCCAGAUUCACGUGACCACUCUGCGCGAUGAAUCUUGUCACAGUGUCACUUGCGCUUUUACCAUGUUCUUUGUACCUUCAACGAGCAGCGCCGAUCUGCUAGCGCUCGAGAACGACCGCCUCCGCCUCCAGCUGCAGAAGGAGCAGGCGACGAUCCGGUCGCUGCAGGCGCAGCUGCAGGCGCAGCACGCCACGGCCGCCGAGGCCACGUCCGACCGCCUCGCCCUCGAGCGCGAGUACGCCACGCUCAAGUCGUUCAUCACGAACGCCUUCAACCUCCCCAAGCAACUGCCACGCCUCUCGGUCACGAGCGUGCUCCCGAGCGCCAAGUCGGCGUCGCCGCCCCGCCACCGCACCUCGCGUGCGUCGUUCCUUGGCCCGCUCCUUGAAGAAUCCAGCGACAGUGACAGCGAUAGUAUGGACGAGCCAAGCGUCGUAGCGCCCAAGGCAUCUGCCAAGGACGCGGCCACCGUCUUGGCGCAGAGCGCCGCGAACCUCAUGACGCUCCACCGCUCGUCCUCCGAGCGCGUGCUUCGCGACAACUGGUGCGAAGAGCCCAUCGUGGCGCCGGCGCCGCCCGCACGAGACGCUUGGAACAAGCUGCUGCUCGACUGGGCCCAAGGAGACGCGCGCAAGCACGCGUACCUCUCCGAGUGGCUCGCGUACCACUUGAACGGCCAGCGCCACGCUUCGCCGUACGCCAACCCUCGCGUCGAGCUCAAGUCGCUCACACCCGCGCAGCUCGAUGGCUUCAAGCGGCUCGUGCUCCCUGCGCUGCGCGCCGCGCGCCCGGACCUCGACGUGCGUGGCUAUAGCAAGGACUACAUUGGUCAUAGUCUCCGCAUCGUGCUGGACGGACCCACGUCCCCGAUUCGGUCGUCGCUCGCGUCGAUUGCCGAGCGCUAAUGUGUCUCUUGUGUUAACUUAUCCCAUUUUGCUAAAACCAUGUAGUAAUUUCAAGCCUUCUUCGUGUCCA